AUGGGGGAGUCGCUGGAAGUGGAGGAGCUCGUCGACACAAGCCUGUCCCUCUCCCUGACCGCUACCGCUGGACGCCGACCGCCACCGCCAGUGCAGGCGCUGCUUCCAGCAUCACCACCACCAGAAAAUGAAGCAGUGGCCGCGGGUAGAAGGAGGAAGGUACCAGACACUGGUGCAGUUGGUUCCACGGCAACUACAAAGCAACACCGCAAGAGGGGUAGAAUGGUCCGUGGCGGCAGCGACGUCAACCAAAGGGACGCGCUUGGUGGCGGCACGAGGAAGAAGCUCCGGCUCACCGGCGAGCAGGCGGCGCUAAUGGAGAAAAGCUUCCGCGCGCACAACGUGCUGUCCCAUGAUGAGAAGCAUGAUCUAGCGCGGCGGCUCGGGCUGAAGCCGAGGCAGGUGGAGGUGUGGUUCCAGAACAGGAGGGCACGGACGAAGCUCAAGCAGACGGAGAUCGACUGCGAGCUGCUGCGCCGCUGGUGCGAGCAUCUCAGUGAAGAAAACGAGCGGCUCCGGCGAGAACUUGCCAAGGCGCGCUCAUCCUUGUCGUCGGCCUUCUUGCCCAAGCUCACGGCCGCCACGACGGUCAACACAUCAUGCCAGUCCUGCAACAAACCCGCCGGCUGCUCGCCUGGGCUCGGCCUAAUAAAUCGAGAUUAA